GUUUACGAAAUGACGUCAGCUUUCAUAACAGUCAUUGGAGAGAAGAAGUCGAACGAUAGCAAAAGUUCAUCAUAAUUUAUUCAUUUUCAUUAUUUUUAGUGUUGCUUAUCAAUCGUUUUCGAGUGGAAGUAAUCAAAAUCGUUUAAUUUUAAAAGCUAAUUGCAACGUGUAUAGUUCAUUUGGUAGUAGAAUUUAAAUGAUGGAAUUUAUAGCAACAGAGCAUCAACAUCGUCGCUUUAAUCCUAUGACUGGACAAUGGAUUUUAGUUUCGCCACAUCGUAUGAAACGUCCAUGGUCUGGACAAAAUGAACCACCGCAAAAGACCAAUCUCGAAGAGUUUGAUCCGACGAAUCCACUUUGCCCCGGAGUCACUCGUCAGAACGGUCAGAAGAAUCCUCAAUAUGAGUCAACUUUUGUGUUCACUAACGAUUUCCCAGCAUUGCUGGAAGAUGUUCCAAUUCCACCAGAAUCUGAUGAUCCAUUGUUCCAAACUGGUGGAGCUAGAGGAACUUGUCGUGUUAUGUGCUUUCAUCCAAAAAGUAACAAAACUUUACCAGUGAUGACUCCCAAAGAAAUUCGAUGCAUUAUUGAUACGUGGAUUAAGGAAUUUCAGGAAUUGUCGAAGAAGUACAUAUGGGUGCAGAUAUUUGAGAAUAAAGGGGCUUCUAUGGGAUGUUCAAAUUCUCAUCCCCAUUGCCAAAUCUGGUCAUGUUCAUUCUUACCUAGUGAACCUCAAGCAAAGGACAAACGUUUUAGGGAAUAUUACGAGAUACACGGUCGAACAAUGCUUAACGAUUACGUUAGAAAAGAAUUGAUGAAUAAGGAAAGAAUUGUAAUUGAAAAUCCCGAUUGGUUGGUCGUUGUUCCAUUUUGGGCUUGUUAUCCUUUUGAAACAAUGAUCAUUGCUUGUGAUUCAAAGAUCAAGAGAUUCAACGACUUAUCACAAGUUCAUAUUAAUAAUCUUGCCAUAACAAUCAAGGAAUUGACAACAAAAUAUGAUAAUUUAUUUAAUUGUUCAUUCCCUUAUUCGAUGGGAUUUCAUGGUGCUCCAACAGGCGAUUUAAUGGAUAAAGAUUUCUCCCAUUGGACAUUUCAUGCAAUUUAUUAUCCGCCGCUAUUGAGAUCAUCAUCAGUUCGGAAGUUUAUGGUUGGAUUUGAGUUGCUUUGUCAACCUCAAAGGGAUUUAACACCUGAACAAGCAGCAGAAAAAUUGAGAAACUCAAGUGGAAAACAUCAUUACACUGAUCAUAUAUAAAUUUAUUGAACACCAUUAUACAUAUGUAUAUAUAAAUGUUUGGGGAUUUACUAAUGAAUAAAAAUGACAAUCACAAUCAAUUUAUGUAUAUCACGAUUUUUUUCGUUCUAAAUCUUGUAGCUCAUGUAAAGCUGAAGCUACCAUAUAUCUUAAUUGAUGAAAUUCUUGUAAAGAGAGAUUGACAGCUUUUCCAAUUCCAUCUUGCUCAUAUGAGAGAAUCACUGACGGUGGCUGACCUCUGUCAACUCCUGAAAUGUCUAUUCGAUGUUCAAGCUGUGUGAAAGGUUCAGUUGUUUUCAACUCUUUAUAUUGCUCAUAUAAAUGUUCUUGAUUUGUUAUCAACACUUUAGUGAGGUCUUCAACGCAAUCACCUUGAAAUUUAAGUUCUUUUAAGAUGUCAGCAAGGUUUUCGUUUGACUUCUUUGGAAAUUUCAAGAAUGUUUCUAAUAAAAUCAUAAUUGCAGUACAGUAAACAGCAUAAUCAUGUUCCUUUCCAUCUUUUUGAUGCAAUGAAGUGAGUUUUAAAACUUCCUUAUCAUAAGCUUGUUUUGAAUAUUUCUUAGUUUCUAAAACUUCAACACAAAGUUUAAGCAUCGUUCUUAAUAUGUGCUUAUCAAUUUGAGGAAUAUACUUUGAAUAAGGUUUCAAUCUGCUAAUCAAGGAUGUUCUUAAAUUAUUCAUAUUGUUUUAUCUUCAAAUUUAUUUUAAUUUUUAAGAAAAUAAUUUUAUUUUAAAAGAAGAGAGCGAAGAAUUGUUUUAAAUAAAACUCCUACUUAGGUCUCCUUUCACCUAAAACUGCGC